AUGCAUCCCUGCCUGCCCUUCCUCCUCCUCUGCUUGGCCGCCGCGCUGCCGCUGGCCUCGCCCUCCGCCAACCCCGACGUCGCGCUGCUCCUCGCCAAGGUGAAGCCGGCGCUGCAGGGCCAGCGGCCCAACGCGCAGCUCGCCACCUGGAACGCCUCCACGCCGCUCUGCCUCUGGCGGGGCCUCCGCUGGGCCACGCCCGACGGCCGGCCACUCCGCUGCGACGCCACCUCCUCCGCCUCAGCAGCCGCCGAGCGCAACAACCUGUCCCUCGCCUCCGACCCGGCCCUGCUCCUCGUCUCCAUCCGCCUCCCCGCCGCCGCGCUCGUCGGCCGCCUCCCGCCGGACCUCGGCGCCUUCUCCGCGCUCGACUCCGUCUACCUCGCCGCCAACGCCCUCUCGGGCCCCGUCCCGCUCGAGCUCGGCAACGCGCCCGCGCUCUCCGCGCUCGACCUCGCCGGCAACCGCCUCUCGGGGGACCUGCCCACCUCCAUAUGGAACCUCUGCGACCGCGUCACCGAGCUCCGCCUCCACGGCAACGCCCUCACGGGGGCCGUCCCGGCGCCGGCCGGGUCCAACACCACCUGCGACCGCCUCCGCGUCCUUGACCUCGGCGCCAACCGCUUCUCCGGCGGUUUCCCGACAUUCCUCACCGCGUUCCGAGGACUCCAGCGCCUCGACCUCGGCGGCAACCGCAUGGAGGGGCCCAUACCGGAGGCCCUCGCCGGGAUGGCGACCCAGCAGCAGCUCCAGGCGCUCAACGUCUCCUACAACUUCUUCUCCGGCCAGCUGCCCCCGGCCUUCGCGGGCUCCCGCUUCACGGCGGACUCCUUCCUAGGCAACGACCCGUCGCUGUGCGGCCCGCCGCUGCGCCAGUGCGUGUCGGCGUCCGGCCUCAGCUCCCGCGGCGUCGCCGGGAUGGUCAUCGGCCUCAUGGCCGGCGCCGUCGUCCUUGCCUCCGUGUCCAUCGGCUGGGCGCAGGGGAGGUGGAGGCGGGACGGCAGGAUCAGGAGGCGCGACGACGCGGAGCGGGACGAGAUGCUCGAGUCGUCGGCCGACGACGGCCACGACGCGUCGUCGUCGGAGGGCAGGCUCGUGGUCUUCGAGGGCGGCGAGCACCUCACGCUGGAGGAGGUGCUCAACGCGACGGGGCAGGUGGUGGACAAGGCCAGCUACUGCACGGUGUACAAGGCGAAGCUGGCGAGCGGCGGUGGCAGCAUCGAGCUGCGGCUGCUGCGGGAGGGAAGCUGCAUGGACGCCGCGUCGUGCGCACCCGUGGUGCGCCGCAUCGGCCGCGCGCGCCACGACAACCUGGUGCCGCUCAGGGCCUUCUACCAGGGGAGGCGCGGCGAGAAGCUGCUGGUGUAUGACUACUUCCCCCGCAGCAGGACGCUGCAGGAGCUCCUGCACGGCGGCGGCGAGCCCGCGGCGGGGCGGCCGGCGCUCACCUGGGCGCGGCGGCACAAGAUUGCGCUGGGCGCGGCGCGCGCGCUGGCGUACCUGCACGCGGGGCAGGGCGAGGCGCACCGGAACGUGCGCUCGUCCAACGUGGUGGUGGACGACCUCUUCGUGGCGCGCCUGGCGGAGUACGCGGUGGACCGGCUGCUGGUGCCGGCGGCGGCGGAGGCGGUGCUGGCGGCGGCCAAGGCGGACGGGUACAAGGCGCCGGAGCUGCACUCCAUGAAGAAGUGCGGCGCGCGCACGGACGUGUACGCGUUCGGGAUCCUGCUGCUGGAGCUGCUCAUGGGGAGGAAGCCGUCGUCGUCCUCUGCAGGUGGAGCCGCAAGGGCGAUGGACCUGCCGUCGGUGGUGAAGGUGGCCGUGCUGGAGGAGACGGCGCUGGAGGAGGUGCUGGACGCGGAGGUGGUGAAGGGGCUGCGGGUGAGUCCGGCGGAGGAAGGGCUAGUGCAGGCGCUGAAGCUGGCGAUGGGCUGCUGCGCGCCGGUGGCGGCCGCGAGGCCGAGCAUGGCGGAAGUGGUGCGGCAGCUGGAGGAGAGCCGCCCCAAGAACCUCCACCCGCGGUCGGCGCUCUACAGCCCCACGGAGAGCAGGAGCGACGCCGGCACGCCGACCACCACCUAG